AUGGUUCAGUAUUUCGCUGUUUUCUUGGUUUUCUCCCUUUCUGGCGGUUCACUGGGAACAACCACCUCACCUCAGCAACAAAACACCGCAAAGUUAAAAGAUUUAUGCGAGGUAUGAAACAAUUAUUCUGUUUUAGAUGAUAUUUUUGUGUUUUAGGUAGGGGGUGGAAAAAAUCGCAUUAAAAAGGUCUGCAACGGAGUUUAUAUUGGCACAAUAAAAAUGCCAGCUUCGUCAUAAGGCACCGUGCUUUUUCUGAGCUUCACGAAUUAUUAUUGAGUUGAUAAAUAACGUAAACCUCAACUUUUCUUUUGUUAAGUCUGCGUUUCAAGAUUUGCCCCGAAGGUUAGUCUCACGGAUUUGUUCGGAUCUACCCAGUUUUAGACAAUUUAUUUCGCAGUUUCUGAGUAAUAGACAGGUAUCGAUUGACGGCUGUGUCGUGUCAGUUAAAUUGAGGGUGGAGCUUUCCUUUUUAGGGUUGUAUUGUUUAUGAAGGCAAGCAGCAAAAGGAAAGCGACUGAGCUUUGUUUUAAAAACGAAUUUCUCUUUCCACUAUAAACUAUCUUAAAAUAUCCCUAGCUUUUAAGAUUUUUUUGGUUGUAAAAAAAUAUCAUUAAUUUACCGUUAUUAUUAUUAAUAUCAUUGCUAUUAUUGUUAUCGUUGUAUUUGGUUAUGCAUCAGUCAAUUCCAGCUGCGCCCAGGCAUUAGCAUUUUUUAUUGACUUGGAUGGCAAAUUCCCGGGGGUGGGGACUCUUGAGCUGUCAAAUCCCCCGGGGUGGGCGGGGGGACGAAAAGAGAGGGUAAAUGCCCCGUCCCCCGUCAGCUCGCACAGUCAGAUAAUGCCAUUUAAGCAUUUUAAUGUGCGAUAUUUCGUUUCAGUUUAUCAAGAUAAGUAGCCUUGCUAAAAUAAUCCUUGCUGUAAAAUUCCUGCUUGGUUAUAUAUGAAAACUUCUGGUUUCACAUGGAUUAUUAUAGGUUUUCAUGAAUUUUGAUUAAAACUUCCCGCCGUUCUUCACUACUAACUGAAUAUGUAUGCUUUCAUUCCCGCUUUGCCUCAUAGACAGACUGCAAUUACUCUCUAAAUACAUUACCUCCGUUUACUGCUACAAUAGGCUAUGGUUCUUCUUUUAAUUUUAGAAAUCUAUACUGAGUCAUGGUUUUCCAGGCAUUCCAGGGUCACAUGGCAUACCGGGAAUGCCGGGCGUGCCUGGGCCGCAGGGACCCCAGGGAAGAGAAGGUCCAAAAGGACAAAUUGGUGAUAAGGGAUCGCAAGGAGUGCAGGGUCUAAGAGGAGACAGAGGGGGCGAAGGGCCUCUCGGGAAGAGCGGACCGCCAGGAAAUAUGGGGAUGAAAGGUGAAUCGGGGCUUGCGGGAAUGAAAGGAGAGCCAGGCAUUGUGGGAAAUCAAGGAAGAAAAGGAGACAAAGGAGAGAAAGGAGAAAGCGCCAAAGCAAGUCAAGCAAGUGUAGUAUCCCAAACCAACUGGAAACAAUGUGUGUGGAAAUCAGGCAGCAAUACUGAUAACGGAAAGAUUAAGGUAAACAGGAAACGCGCUAAAAGCUAAACACGAACUAUUUAUAAGUACCAAAGAUGAUGUUCAUAAGUAGAAAGAGUUCGAAAAUCCUUUUUCUGAGAUAAACCUUUAAAGUACAGCUAUGAUCCCAACCUCAUUGUCCCAGCCUUCAUCCUAAAUCAACCUUUCUCCAGCUGGCCGGCAUUAAUUUUUGUAGAAAAAUUUGAAACGGCAAACUGAUCCUUGCAGCAAGGCGAUGAAGAAGUAGACAAAAGAAUAAUACAAAAAUAUAUAUUUAUUUAAACAAAUUGCUCAAUAUUUCGGUUUGAAAACAAACCUUCUUCGAUUCGGGGGCUAAAAGAAACAAAAAUAAAAAAAUCUUAAAGUUCGUUACAAAUAAGAAUUUGAAAAUGUGACAAUAAAAACAAUGGAUUGUUUUGGUAUAGGAGACUAGGUGGUAUCAUAUAUCACUGAGUGAGCUUCGUCACGUCUAUUUAUUCGUAGAGGAGAUAAUGUGUUCCCUUUGUAUAUUAAAUGACCUUCUCGAACCUUUCUCACUGCGAGAGAUCCGCCACCACUCAUUAGUUUGUUGCUGUGNGAAACAAUGUGUGUGGAAAUCAGGCAGCAAUACUGAUAACGGAAAGAUUAAGGUAAACAGGAAACGCGCUAAAAGCUAAACACGAACUAUUUAUAAGUACCAAAGAUGAUGUUCAUAAGUAGAAAGAGUUCGAAAAUCCUUUUUCUGAGAUAAACCUUUAAAGUACAGCUAUGAUCCCAACCUCAUUGUCCCAGCCUUCAUCCUAAAUCAACCUUUCUCCAGCUGGCCGGCAUUAAUUUUUGUAGAAAAAUUUGAAACGGCAAACUGAUCCUUGCAGCAAGGCGAUGAAGAAGUAGACAAAAGAAUAAUACAAAAAUAUAUAUUUAUUUAAACAAAUUGCUCAAUAUUUCGGUUUGAAAACAAACCUUCUUCGAUUCGGGGGCUAAAAGAAACAAAAAUAAAAAAAUCUUAAAGUUCGUUACAAAUAAGAAUUUGAAAAUGUGACAAUAAAAACAAUGGAUUGUUUUGGUAUAGGAGACUAGGUGGUAUCAUAUAUCACUGAGUGAGCUUCGUCACGUCUAUUUAUUCGUAGAGGAGAUAAUGUGUUCCCUUUGUAUAUUAAAUGACCUUCUCGAACCUUUCUCACUGCGAGAGAUCCGCCACCACUCAUUAGUUUGUUGCUGUGGACUUCCUGAUAUUUUUAAAUAAUGUUUAUUUCUUAUAUUGCGCAGUCUAGCAUGCGAUAAAGAUAUAAUCGAAUGCGCAUAACAACACUAAAAUCUUAAAGUAAUAAAUGGCUAAUCUUAAUAAUGAUAGUAAUAAUAAUCAUAAUUUACAAUUUUCGGAAAACAAUAAAAGUAAAAUAUGAGUUAAUAAAAGAACUAAUAAAAAGCUAAUUUAAAAAGAUGUGUCUUUAGUAAAACUUUCAAAAUGUUCAAUGAUUGACAUUGUCUAAUUUCUUUGGGCGCAGCAUUUUCAAACGCCCUAUCCCCGAGUGUCUUUUUUGUUCUAUAGGUAUUGUCCAUUAGGAGUAUGCCCCGGUAUGAUCUCAACUAAUACCGCUAGCCCUCUUUGAUUUUUAUCAAGUUUAAAAGAUAUUGUGGUGCGACACCGUAGAUACAUUUGUGAACUAGCAUUGCUAUCUUGAAUUCUAUUCUGUGGGUAACCGGAAGCCAGUGCUGGUUGAUCAGGGAUGGUGUGAUAGGAUCAUACCUUGAUACAGUACAUACCAGCCGAGCUGCCGCGUUCUGCAGGCGUUGCAGCUUACCAAGAUGAACAGCAGGCGUACCAUAUAAUAGACCGUUACAAUAGUCUAAUCGUGACAUUAUAAUAGCCUGUACAAUGGACUUCCUAUUGUCAUAUGAUAAAUACUUUCUAAUACGCCGGAUGUUAUGUAGAUGGUAAUAAAUAUCCUGACAUAUGCUGUUAAAAUGUGUGGUCAUAUUCAUGUUUGCAUCAAACCAAGCACCCAGAUUUCUAACAGAGUGGACAGCAGAAACCUUUACCUCACCUACUUGCAAGUCACUUAUCGUAACCCUAUUUAACUGUGCGCGUGGACCUAUAAUAAGAAACUCGGUCUUAGCAUCGUUCAGCCGAAGUUUGUCUUGGACCAUCCAGGUUCUUAUGUCCCUGAUGCAAGCCUGUUAAGCGUCAACAGCAUGCGUCUCAGUAGCAGAACCAUCCGGCUUAAAUGAGAUAUAGAGCUGCGUAUCAUCAGCGUAUGCGUGAACGUUAGGGAGAUGGGAUUCAACAACAUCGAAGAGCUUACUUGCGUACAAUGUGAAGAGCAAGGGACCUAGACAUGUUCCUUGAGGUACCCCUUGAGGCAGAUCAAAGUCACUCGAAUAACUCCCGUUAAUCAGGAUUCGCUGUUUCCUGUUUGAUAAAUACGAGUUAAACCAUUUAAGAGCGGUACCUGUAAUUCCAUACGUCACGUACAGGCUAUUCAACAACACUUGGUGGUCCAUCGUGUCGAAUGCUGCACUCAGGUCUAGCAAUACCAAGAGAGUAACUCGUUGAUUGUCCAUUGCAGCUAGUAUGUCUUUCUGUAUCUUCAAUAGGGCAGUCUCUGUGCUAUGACCCAGUCGAUAGGCUGACUGGAGGAUGGGAUACAAGCCCGACUGAGUAACGUGAUCGGUUGUCUGAUCAUAAACUGCCCUUUCAACCAACUUAGAGAGGUAUUGCACAUUACUCACAGGUCUUAAAUUGGAUAAGGAAGUCCCUUGCUUGGUCUUCUUCAGUCUUGGAUCCACAAGGGCCGUUUUCCAAUCAGAUGGAAAGUGACCCAAGGAAAGCGAAGAAUUCACGACAAUAGUGAUGAUGAGGAGAAGCAUAUCGGACAUGCCGACUACUAAAUUGGUCGGCAUAGGAUCAAGUUGACAGCUUUUCUUCGAUGAUCUACUGACCAGCUUCCUCAUAUCUUCCACAGAGUAUAUAUUAAUUUUUGUGUUAUUUAGCUUUAUUAGAGUUGCUGACAUUUUAAUCACUUUUUUUUUUCUAGGACUGUGCUCUUAACAAGUUGAAAUCGGACACAGCGCUCAAAGUCUCAUUCCAGGGAAACAUGAUGGUUUAUGGUGAUUCUAAGUGUAAUCGGUAG